UUCCUGGCCUCAGUCAUCUCCGACUGCUCUCGUCUCACCCCUCACUUGGCUCGCUGGCUUCGAGAUGCUCUCCUCUCAGCUCUUCUGCCUCCUGGGGCUGCUGGCCACGGGGGGCCUGGCCUGGAACACCUGCCCCCUACUGGGACAGAGCUUCCACAGCCUGCUGCCAGUCACCCGGGACCUCAGGGAGCGAUUCAAGGCCUUUCAGAUCCAGUACAACAAGAGCUACCCUGAUGCAGCAGAACAAGAAUGCCGCCUUAAGAUCUUUGCUGACAACCUGGCUCGAGCCCAGCAGCUGACGGAGGAGCACCAGGGUUUGGCCCAGUUUGGGGUGACCCGAUUCAGUGACCUCACAGGUAAGGGGAAAAAUUGCAACAGCUGUUGGGCCAUUUCCGCUGUGGGCAACGUUGAAGCCUUGUGGGCCAUCAACUACCAACAGCUCUUCAAGCUCUCUGUGCAAGAGCUGCUGGACUGCCGCCGCUGUGGACAAGGCUGUGAGGGCGGCUUCGUCUGGGACGCCUACAUGACUAUCCUCAACCAAAGCGGCCUGGCCGAGGAGCAGGAUUACCCCUACAGACCCCAGCUCUCCAAAGGCUGCCAAAAGAAAAAAAAAAGGGCCUGGAUCCACGACUUCUUGAUGCUGCAUAAGGAGGAGAAUUACAUGGCCCAGUAUCUGGCAGAAAAGGGACCCAUCACUGUGACCAUCAACUCGCGACUCUUAAAGAGCUACAUUAGAGGGGUGAUCAAACCAGGGAACAACUGUGACCCCAAGUACGUGGACCACGUGGUGCAGCUGGUGGGCUUUGGCCAAAUCCACAACUUUACCUACUGGAUCCUCAAGAACUCCUGGGGCAGCAGCUGGGGAGAAAAGGGAUAUUUCCGGUUGCAUCGGGGAAGAAACGCCUGCGGCAUCACAAAGUUCCCACUGACGGCUGUGCUGAAGGAAGGCCAGACCCCCCCCAUGCGCUGCCCCACCUGAAGACUCCCUCGAGGCCUCCCCCCCCAUGCUCAUGGCCUACGAGGCAUCUUGUACUUGAACUCAAUAAAGCCGCUGGUCUUUGGCUCUCAAGUGCGCUGGCAAAUGGAGGUGGGGAAAGCUCCCAGGGAAGGGAGAAAGCAAGGGAUUGUGGGAGCCGGGAAGGCCGUGGCCAUCUGGUCCGGCUCCCACUAGAACAGCUUGCUGAGGGGUCCCUG